AUGCAGCGCUUAGAAGUCACUGAUGGGGCAGCUUCUUUGAAAGCGUACAUUAGUAAGAACGAGGGCAAAGUACGAGAAUGUCCAGCUAAAGGCUGCGGGGCAGUAAUUGAGAAAGGCGAAGGAUGUUUCCACAUGCAAUGUUCAAUGUGCAAAAUCCACUUCUGUUGGUUAUGCGACUUCAUGAGUGAUACACAAUCAAAAGUCUACGGUCAUCUGCGCGAGGAUCAUGGUGCAAUAGGUGCAGAAUGGCCUGCAGUUGAAUUUGUUCAAAAUUUUGGGAUAUUUCCAAGACGUCUAUUUGGAUUUUUGGACGCAGAUGAUAUUCCGGAUGAGAUAGCUGAUGAUGUUUGGUAG